UAAAUGAUGAUCAAAAUUCAUACUCAUUUAUGUAAUCACUUAUCCUACCGGAGUUUUCCCACCGGAGCUCUGCGUACACAAGGCAGCUCAGCCACAAUUACGUAAGCCCUUCCAAAUUUCAACUUGUUACAUAUUACUGUAUAUAAAAUUCAAUAAAUUUAACAAUGCUACAAUUCAAUUUCAAGAUUCAAUUACAAAAAUUAACACUUAUAAGAUCAUUCACUUCACAGAACCCUAAAUACCACCAAACCAACAAUUUAGUUAGGGCUUCCAUUAAUGAAAAUGAGCUUGCUUUUGAACAGUUUGAGGGAUUUAGAAAUGUGGGUCAUGAUAAAGAUGAUGACUUUAUGCACCCAUUAGUUAAAGAAGUUUGUCGGUUAAUCGAUUUACGCUCCAAAUGGACUCCGAAUCUUGAAUUUGAACUAAAACAGCUAUUUAGAAGUUUAAACCCGAAACAAGUUUGUGAUGUGUUAAUAAACCAACCCGAUGCACGGAUCGCUUUGCAGUUGUUUUAUUGGGCCGAUAGACAAUGGCGAUACCGGCAUGACCCUGUUGUGUAUAAUGUAAUGUUGCAGAUUCUUAGUAAGACUAGUUUGUAUCAAGGUUCGAAAAGGGUGUUACGUCUAAUGAGUCGUAGAGGGGUUCGUGUUAGGGCAGAGUCGUUUGGUUAUCUGAUGGUUUCGUAUAGUAGGGCUGGUCUUUGGAGGAAAGCAUUGCAGGUUUUUACGAUGAUGGAGAGAGCUAAAGUUGAGGUUAGUUUGGAUGUGUAUAAUGUUGCGGUUUAUGUUUUGGUGAAAGCUGGUAAGUUGGAAAUGGCACUUAGGAUGCUUGAUAGGAUGGAGUUGGUAGAGAUUGGGCCUAAUGUUGUGACGUAUAAUUGCUUGAUUAAAGGGUAUUGUGAUGCGGGUCGUAUUCAGGAUGCAAUGGAUUUGAUUGAGGAUAUGCGUUUGAAAGGUUGUUUUCCUGAUAAGGUGUGUUACCAUACUGUGAUGGGAUUUUAUUGUAAAGAGAAUAGAGUAAAAGAAAUUAGGGAUUUGAUGGAUAAAAUGUUAAAUGACAGUAAUGUAAUCCCGGAUCAGGUUACUUAUAAUAUGCUCAUUCAUAUGCUUUCUAAGUAUGGUUUUGGAGAUGCGGCGAUUAGUUUUCUUAAUGAAGCUGAAGAAAAGGGGUUUUCUGUUGAUAAAGUUGAGUAUAGUGCGAUUAUCCAUUCAUUCUGUCAAAAAGGAGACGUAGAGAAAGCAAAAGAACUUGUCGAUGAAAUGUAUUCCAGGGGUUGUAAGCCUGAUAUAGUUACUUACACUGAUGUUUUGAAUGGUCUUUGUAGUGUCGGGAAAAUAGAUGAAGCUAAGAAGUUGCUUCAACAAAUGUCGAAUCUUGGUUGUAAGCCAAACACUGUUUCAUAUACAGCUUUGUUAAAUGGAUUGUGCCGAAAUGGGAAAUCAUCAGAAGCUAAAGAGAUGUUAGACAUGAGUGAGGAAGAUUGGUGGAUCCCAAAUUCCAUCACCUAUAGCGCUGUGAUGCAUGGUUUUAGAAGGGAAGGAAAGCUAUCCGAGGCCCAUGAGAUUGUCAGUGAAAUGAUUAGAAAGGGAUUUAUGCCGACACCCGCUGAAAUCAAUCUUUUGAUCCAAGCUUUUUGUCAAGAAGGAAAACCAGAUGAUGCCAAGAAGUUAAUGGAAGAAUGCCUGAACAAAGGAUGUGAAGUUAACGUGGUUAAUUUUACUUCUGUCAUACAUGGUUUUUGCCUAAAGGAAGAUUUAGACUCCGCCUUUUCAGUUCUUGAUGAUAUGUACUUGAACAACAUACAACCAGAUGCCAUCACAUACACAGCAAUAGUUGACAAAUUAGGAAAGAAGGGUGAUAUCGAAAAGGCCAUUGAAAUUAUGAACAAGAUGCUCCACAAGAGUUUAAUCCCGACCCCUGUUACAUACAGGGUUGUCAUACAUCGAUUCUGUCAACAUGGUAAAGUUAGCAAGUUGUUACCUCUACUAGAUAAGAUGUUGUCAAGGCAGCCGUGCAAGACUGCUUACAAUCAAGUUAUCGAAAAACUUUGUUCAUUUGGGAACCUUGAUGAGGCGCAUAAACUAUUGGGUAAAGUUCUAAAGACAGCUUCUUAUACCGAUGCUAAUAGUUGCCAUAUGCUCAUCGAAAGUUAUCUGAGGAAAGGAGAUCCCCAGAAUUCUUAUAAAGUGGCUUGUCGAAUGUUUAGUCGUAAUCUGGUUCCCGAUUUAAAGUUAUGUGAGAAAAUGAGGAAAAUUUUGGUUGUUCACGGAAUGUCACAUGAGGCAGAUGAGCUUAUGCUGAAGUUUGUUGAAAGAGGAAAGAUCUUUCCAAAGAAUAUUGAGGAAAUGAAUAGAUUGAGGCCAUUUAGCAAACCAGUUAGUGUUUAAAUUUACUUGAUAGAUAUCACAUAUAUGAGAAUAAUGAGAUUCUUUUUGGUAACACUGGUGUCCAGCCUUUGGCCCCCUAAAUACACGAGGUCCAGGUCCAUUGCUACACAAACUUGGAACUGGUUCAAGCUCAGUGAAAUUGGCAUGCCCUCACAAGGAGGGGUCACUCCAGGAGGGUUUUGAACCUGGACUCGCCCACUCUUUUCUUUUAAACAGCUACUUCUACAUUAACAGGCAUCGCUAUUGGAGAUGUUUUUUCUGGUCCUCUUCUUUCUGAUCAUUUGUUGUGAUUCAACAACAUUUCAGAGGAUUAGGCUGAUAAAUACAAUUAAGCAAUUGAAGGCAUUGAAGUUCAACUGUAUAUGUAAGGUGAUAACUCUUCUUUCAGCUAGACAGGUUCAGCCCUUCAAGUACAGGAAGUUCAAAGUUGUACACAAAAUAAAAUAUUAUAGGUCCCUUACCGGUAAGAUAAAUGGUUAUGAUCUGAAGUAGUUUGGCCUAAACAAACCAAUAAUUCAGGUUGAACUGAGCUAUCUUUUAUUAAUGGAACAAAAGAGUAUUGGCAAGAUAAUAUAGUCACACCCAUCACUCUCAAGUUCAUCAAGGGUAUAACUCAAAGUUUGUGGACCAAAAACCAUGUCGGGGCAACCGAAACAGUCUUCAAAAUAGUUCAACUAUAUGCAUAAUGUUCAGGAUUACAUUACAUUUAUAAGUCAUAUAAAUUAUGAUUUACAAGAUUUCAUAUUUCUAGUCAGGAUAACUUGAUGGUGAAUUAGAUCCAAUUCACCGUAAUAAUUGUACUAUCAUGUGUUUAGCAUCAAUUUUUAUAUAACCAAACUUUUUGUAUCAAUAAUGAUUUGAGUUAUCAACAUCCCAUGAGCAAAUUCGUUGUACAUUAAUGAUCAUGCUAAAUAGUACAAUAGCUAUAAUUAUUGCUAAAGAUAUCCAUAUAAGUGGAUAAACGAAUAAAGUUUUUCCUAUUCAGGUUAUUUAGGGAGCCCAGACUUUUGACUUGGACAACCUUACAACAAUGGAAGCCAUUAAAAUCUGAAUCCGAUCUGGAUGUACUUCAACUUCGAUAUCAUCAAAUUAAUAAAGCUUGUUCUGAAACUUGGUGGGGUGUAUUUGUACAUACAAUCCGAAGAAGAACAAAACGCAACGAUAAGAAGGAAUUUCCGACAGAGCUUUCAUCAGUUAAGCAACAAGAAACACAAAAGCAGCCGGAUUAAACACAACUAGCCCAAAAGCCUCUCUUCCAUUUACCGCCGCUUAAUCGACGGUUGGUUGAAGCCGAUCGACAGGAGCUUGCCAAUAGCGAUGCUUGUCGACGAGAACUGCGGAAAAUCAUUAUAGGAGGAGUCUUAUAAUUAAAAGAAAGCGACUUUCAUGUCUUUUUAUAUAUGUCUUCAUCAAAGACGACCAUCGGCAAUGGGGCAAGAGGAGGGGACAUGCCGGUGGUGGUGAUGGGAAUUGGGAGGUGGGGGCCGGAGCAAGAUAUAUAUUUUUGAUUAAUAAUAAUGCAUUAACCAAAUAUGUAGAAUCAAAGUAUGUAUGUAUUUCAUUUAUUAUUAUUAUAAGCAAAUCAAACGCUCCAAAAUUAGGCUAGUAGUAGAAUUGUAUUUGGAUACACAAAACAAUCACAAACUUAAGAACUUGUGAUACUUUUUCAUUCCA